CAGGGCUGCUUCUCUCCCUCCUCUCUCCCAGCUGCAGUUCCACAGAAGUUUUUUCUUCUCUUAAAUCUGCUCUCCCAGAGGUGCACCCAGCAUCGCUCAUGGCUCAGUUGGUCAACAAAUAACUUUUAUGGCUACUUGGGUAUAUUUUUGCCACGGAAAUUGGCUCUGUUGUAUGAGCAUGUAGCACAGCUAUUGUGUUUGUGUUUUAGUGGAGAUCAGUUGCUAGCAAAAACUCUACUGAUAAGCCUUCUUUAGAAAUGUUGGAUUUAACUGCUUUGAAUUUAUGACUCCUGUUUUAUAUUUAACUGUUUAGAUGGGAAAUUAAAACUCAAGGAGGCACAUGCAAAACGUGCUUCUUGCUUGUGUUCCUCAGAGCUCACAAAGAUUAGGAAUCACCCUGCUUGAAGCACUGCCUGCCCAGUUUCUGCUAACAGCCACACAUACUAAACCCCAUGGUCUCAGCCACACCUUGGAGUCUCUGCUACUGUCUCUUUACCCAUAAUGGUUUUCAAAUUCUAUUUCUGCUUCUAAUAAUUGUUCCAUAUGUAAUUGUGUAGAAAGCAUUAGACUGUGUGAUUGGUUUUAAAUUGCUCUGUUUUCUCUCUUUUUCUAACUAGAAGGCCUAAUUUGUGAUUUUAAGGGAAAAAAAAGGGGGGGGAAACAAUGUAGGAAAUGAAAAGACUGUUUGAAUUUAUGGAGAGGACUAGGUUUUAAAGAAAAUCUGGGUAAAAAAUAUCUAUAUUUUCUACACUGGAGCAGCAUGAAGUGUGAUAAUCAGAAAACCUCAGCAGCAGAUGAUAAAAACAAGAAAAGCAAAUGACAGUUCUCCCAGAAGCUUCUUUGUUGGAGAAAAGGGGGAUUUGCAUGGGGACAGUUUCUGCUAAUUAAAAUAAUAUAAAGCAGUUUGUAAGAUAGGAGAGGGAACGUUUUCUGAUGUUCUGAAGAUAUUGAGUCUUAGAGAUGGAAAGUACUAUGCAUGUAAAUGCAUGAAACAACAUUUUAAAAGACAACUGUUGAGUCAUUUAUGCAUUACCUACUACUGACCAGACUUGUCCAGUUUAUGAUCAAAAGAGUAUUGAAAUCACCUGCUCAGCUACAUCAAGAUCAGGAGUAUUGAACAAGUGAAUAAUCUGAGUGAAAUACAAGCCCUGAGGAGGUUGAGUCCACAUCCUAAUAUCCUUAUGUUACAUGAAGUUGUUUUUGAUAAAAAAGCUGGCUGCCUUUCACUGAUAUGUGAACUUAUGGAUAUGAAUAUUUAUGAGCUGAUAAAAGGACGGAGAAAGCCGUUACCUGAAAAAAAAAUAAAGAACUACAUGUACCAGUUAUGCAAAUCUCUUGAUCACAUACAUAGAAAUGGGAUAUUUCACAGAGAUGUGAAACCAGAAAACAUAUUAAUAAAGCAGAAUACCCUGAAGUUAGCAGAUUUUGGAUCUUGUAGGACUAUAUAUUCUAAGCAGCCAUACACAGAAUAUAUCUCCACACGCUGGUACCGAGCACCUGAAUGCUUGCUUACAAAUGGCUACUAUAGCUACAAAAUGGAUAUAUGGAGUGCUGGCUGUGUUUUCUAUGAAAUCACAAGUUUUCAGCCUCUCUUUCCUGGAUCUAAUGAUCUGGACCAAAUUUCAAAAAUCCAUGAUGUGAUAGGCACUCCUGCCAAUAGAACUCUCAACAAGUUCAAGCAGUCAACAAUUUUGAAUUUUCAUUUCCCUUUUAAAAAAGGAAAAGGAAUACCUCCUCCAGUGCACAAUUUAUCUGCUAAAGGAUUAACUCUUCUGUACGCAAUGAUAAAAUACGAUCCUGACGAGAGAAUUGCUGCCCAUCAGGCAUUGCAGCAUCCUUACUUUCAGGAGCUCUGGGCAGCUGAUACACAAGCGUUGGCCACGCACAAAAAAGUAAGAUUACUAGAAAAUACAGUAGGGCAAGUACCUCUGCAUUUGUGGCAAAUUUCAAAGGGAAGUCAAGGAGAGCAUUCUCUUAGGAAAGUCCAGGAUAAAGUAAAACGUCAGCAUGUAGUUCCUUGUGGAGAACUACCAAUGUUAAGACCUUCUGGAGCAGCUAACUUGCCUUCCCUUCCUACACCUACUUCACAUUCAGUUUUUCCUGCAGCUAAGGAAAGUGGUGAAACUUCUGUGCUGCAGUCUGCUAGAUUUAUUGGAUCAAAUAUGGAGUCUGAGAAACAGAAGACUCUUAAGUCUUCCCUAAAACAUUACCACUUACCUGCUAUAGAACGAAGAGGAAAAGGUUACUGGCCAUUUUAAGAACCCGAUGGAAGAAGGGAUUCGUUAAAAAUAACAUGAGAGGAUUUGUUGAGGUUCAGUGUUAGGAAUGGAACAUUACCUACAAAAUACAAGUUUUCAUAUUAGAUAAUAAAUGACUGCUAACUUCUGGAAAGUAUUUACCUCCUGUAUUUAAUGACUUCAACCUCAAGCUUUACUGAGAACUUGCAGAUUAUACAAACAUAUAUUUGGUUUUGAUACAGUUAGCAUAACUGGUCAGUAUUUUUAUAUACCUACCAGUUAAAAGGGUAAGCAACUUUUUAUCUGAUUCAAAAGCAAACCAGCUAAGACUCUGCUCACAUACUUGUCUUAGCGGAAGAAUUGCAGUCCAACAGUAGGUCAGAGAAAUUAAACAGCAGAAUGCAACAGCAUAGGUAGGUGCUGUUUCUCUUCUUAGUUUGAAAGUCAUACUGAGUGAAGGUCAUCUUCCUCCUACUUCUAAGUAAGCUAAAGUUCUUCUAAGUAGAAAAUAAUUCCUAACCAUGAUUAUAUCAGAAGUGAGUGCGACUACAUGAAGACACAGUGACCAGCUGAGUUAUACUGUCCUGCUACUGAUAUUCAUCUUUGUUUGUUAGGAGUUCAUACUGUUCAAGCCAAACAGGUGGAGAGCUUGAAUGGUAAUAAGGCAAUCCAGUAUUUGUUUGAGUUUCUAGCAUUGGUUUAUAUUUAAAAAAAUAAUAAUAAAUUAAAAGGUGUGAUGCUAAGCUUAGGAAACGGAAUGAAGGACUGAAGCUCUACAGGCAACAAAGUACAAACAGUAACCUCCACCUUUUUACAUUUUUUGCUGUGAGCUUAUCCGGUGGUUUGUGCUUUUUUUCCUCAAGAGCAGGUGGUGAAAAAAGGUUAUCAGACUUUGUAUAUCACCAUCAAUUUUCUCUCACAUCAGUAUUUGGUGUCACAUCAGUAUUUGAGGCUGUUGGUCUGUUAGAAUGAAAAAAAAGCAAUUCAGCAGAUUGCUUUUGCUUUGAAAAUUGGGUAUUUCAUAUGAAGCACCACUGUGGAAUGUUUUCUUCAUUUAUUUUAAGCUUUCAGGUGGAUCUUGCACAUUUGGGCACAUACAGCACUUCAUGGACAUUUAUUUAAUAACAAGUUCCUUAAUAUUCUUCUGGAAACCAAAUAUAGUUCUCUGACUGUUGGACUGGUGGGCAAACUUGAGUUUUCCCACUUGCUUUCUAGUUAAAACACAUUCAACUUUAAAAUAUAAAUUGGCAAGCAUUGUUCCUACCCUCAUCCUUCCAGCUAAAGUUCUGCCCUGAGACCAUUUCUUUUAUUAUUUAAUUUGCUUUAAUCUAUAAUUAUUUUUUCCUACCAUGUUAAGGGCUAUAUCUUUUGUAGAACUCUACAUUAUUUCCAGGUAAGUUGUUUUCUUUUUCUUC